AUGGAGACAGUCGGUGAAAGCACGAUUCCUUCACUUAGGGAUAAAUCAGACGAUGAAGAAGAGAUGGAGAGACACGCUUUCCGGGUUGAAGAAGAUGUAGCUGCAUUCAUCAACGAACCUCCCAUCCGGCAUAACAUCUAUCCCGAUACCGAGACUGAUAGUGAUACAGAUGAGGAGAAAGAUGGUGAGGAGCAACAGAUGAAACGACAGAGGACAAGAGAGCGUUAUCGAAUUAAAAGAGGUGACGGGAAUCUCUUCGAGGGCCAAGUAUUCUUCAAUGGAGUUGCAUUCAAAGAGGCGGUAUUGGACUACGCUCUGAAGACUGGUCACAAUAUCAAGCAGUAUAGGUAUGACAAAACCAAACUUGGUUUUAGUUGUGUUGGUCGGAAUGUAGAUUCACACUGUCAGUGGCGUGUUUAUUGCUCGAGUAAAGGAGAACCAGAGAGAUGGUAUGUUAAAGUGUACAAGAACGAACACAGUUGUGUUCCAAAUGGAGAAUGUGAGAUGCUUAAGGUCCCUGUGAUAGCUUGGUUGUUUGUUGAUAAGAUAAGAGAAGAACCAAAAUAUUUCAUGCCAAUGAAGAUAGAAGAACUGAUCAAGGAGAGGUGGAAGAUCACGGUUUCUAGAGCACAAUGUCAAGCUGCCCGAAAUAAAGCAAUGGGGUGGAUUGAGAAGGAGUAUGAUACUCAGUUUGCUCGAAUCCGAGACUAUGCUGCCGAGAUUCUCGAGUCAAAUAUCAACUCUUCGGUGGAAGUCGAGACCAAGAGAAAUGAGGAAGGAAAAGAUGUGUUCGACCGUUUCUAUGUGUGUUUCGAUGUGCUUAGGAGAUCAUGGAAAGCUACGUGUAGACCUCUUAUUAGGAUGGAUGGCACAUUCUUAAGAGGGAAAACUAAAGGACAGUUGUUAGUGGCUCUUGGUCGAGAUGGGGAUAAUUCAAUCUACCCCACUGCUUGGGCAGUUGUUCAAGUGGAAAACACUUCAAAUUGGGUGUGGUUUGUGAAGCAUAUCAAGACAGACUUGGGUUUAGGAGAUGGUGAUGGAUAUAUUAUGGUCUCGGAUCGUCAGAAGGGACUGAUCAAGGCAGUUCAGUUGGAGCUUACGAAGAUGGAGCAUAGAAUGUGUGUUCGACACAUUUAUGGAAACGUGAAAGCUAAACAUGGAAAGAAGAGCGACAUGAAGCCAUAUAUUUGGCAACUUGCUUGGAGCUACAAUGAGGCGGAGUACAAGCAGAAUCUAGAUAGGCUGUUCAACUACGACUCUGAGGUGUAUGCAGAUGUGAUGAAGACGAAACCAAUGACUUGGGUUAGAGCUUUCUUCAAAUUGGGGAAUUAUUGUGAGGACGUUGAGAACAACUCAACUGAAUCUUUCAACGCCUCCAUCGUUUGUGCCCGUGAAAAGCCAAUGGUACCAAUGUUGGAUACCAUUGCACCUCUUGCAAUGGUGCGUAUCGCUUCUAGAUAUCUGAUUGCUCAAGACCACAAGAGCAUAUGCACACCUUAUGUGGUUGAUAUACUCGCUUUGGAGCACAAAAAGGCAUCAGAGUGUACUAUUUAUAGAAGCACAAAUGGUAUGUGGUUGGUGAAUGUUGACUCAUGUUCUUACCGUGUCAAUUUGGAGAGGCGAACAUGCACGUGUAUGAAGUGGGAUAUCACUGGGAUCCUUUGUGAACAUGGAUACGGUGUCAUCUUGGAUAGGAAACUAGAGGCUGAGGAUUUUGUGUGUCACUGGUUUUGGACGACGGUGUGGAGGAGGACAUACGAAGAGGGCAUAACACCAUUGAGAGGAGCACGAUUUUGGCCAACUUCUGCAGCCCCUGAAGUGCAUCCAGCUCCUGAGCCAGACCAGCCUGGUCGCAAAAAGAAGAAAGACAACAAAAUGAAAAAGGGCAAACAUGAGUCUCCUGUGAAGAAGAAACCGAAGGCGUUGAAGCGCAUUAUGCAUUGUGGACUUUGUGGUGCGCCUAACCACAAUAUUCGUUUUCAUAAGGAGGGACCCCAUAAGAAGGCUCCACAAGCUGAACCAUCUCAAACCUUUGCCAGUCAAGGUGAAUCCCCUCAAGCUUGA